UAUGCACCUCCCCGAUCCAUAUUUCUGACCUCCACAGCCCCCACAAGGGCACACACUGCUCGUCGAACUCAAGCGCACGAACGCCAAGUACCGUGGCUGACGGCGACGGCGAAUAAGAUGGUGAGCAGCACCAACGAGGUGCGGAGGACGGUGCAGGAGAGGCCGGUGGUGGUGGUGGGGCGGCCGGAGUGCUGCCUGGCGGUCGUGGCCCGGCACCUGCUCCUGCGGCAGGGCGUGAACCCGACGGUGCUGGAGGUCAGCUACGACGCCGACCCGGCGGCGCUCGUCUACGCGCUCCGGUCCAAGGACGACAACACCAAGUUGGUCACCGACGUCGCCUUACCGGUGGUGUUCGUCGGAGGUAGGCUGUUGGGUGGGCUGGACCGACUCAUUACCAUGCACAUCGCCGAAGAGCUCGUGCCGCUCCUGAGGCAGGCAGGAGCCCUGUGGCUCUGAACCUUCCUUGAUGACAUGCUGCCCGCUAAUGGAUGCCAGUCUGAAUCAGUUAUAAGCUUCCAUUCCAUGUGUGCGAGUGCUUUGUUUCCUGUUUUUUCCCCAAUGUAUUAUGUCUGCAUGCCAUAUACUCCAUCUAGUAUUGUAAGCUUCCUUCAUCCUUCAAGAAAUGGCAAAUAAACCGAGUUUGUUCAUAA